GUAAACAACUCCUAACGUAAUAGGUGAAUCAAGCACCCAGUCAAACACGGGUACCUAGUACAUAGUAAGUAAUUGUUCAAUAUUGAAUGUUUACUAGGUAUCUGUGUAACCAUUAGAUACUCCUGCUAGGGUAGGCCCCUAAGCUUGUCUCAGCCUUCAAGGCAGCGACUUCUUCACCCAUUUCAUGCAAAUAAACGAUAAAGAUAAAGAUUGAAGGGACAAAAGAAAGACAGACAUUUUGACUGAUAUUUUAUCUUUUCUAACUCUAAUGUUUUCUAAUUUCCAUCAACUCUUUGAUCCAAAUGGACCUUUUUUCACUGUUAUUAAACACCUGUGGUGGCCUUCUAUUGGUUGCCAUACUAAUACCAUCUCUCACUUUUUUGUCCAAGUUAUGGCGUAUUAGAUGUCGGAUGCAACAUUUGCAAAAGAUAGGAAAACCUAUGCCCGCGCAUAACAUCGUACUGGGCCAUCUUCUUGCAGCCAAAGCUACCAGCGAUGAACUUCCCCCUGGCGCUCAUGGCUGUUAUGUCCUUGAUGGGAAAAGAGAUCUACCGGCCUACUAUUUUGACAUAUACCCCGUGACUGAUCCUUUGCUUGUGAUAAGGGACCCUUAUAUGGCCAACCAAGCUAUCAACCAUCCCUGGGUAUCUAGUCAGAAACCUGAUGGUCUUACGGAAUGGUUCCACCCGAUAUCAGGAAAUAAUGGCAUCAACCUUUUCACUCAAAAUGGCCAGGAGUGGAAACUAGAUCACAACCUAUUCCUUCCCUUCUUCAAUAACAGUAACCUUGAUGCCAAAUUGCCUACAGUUCUAAAUGAGAUGCUCAUUUUUCGUAACAUACUUCGACAAAAAGCAAAGGCCGGGAAUCUCUUCCGCUUAGAGCCCCUGACACUGUCACUCAUGAACGAUGUCACUGGGCACAUCGUGUUUAACGCCGAGCUUGCUAAUCAGACGUCCAGCUCCCAUCAUCCCCUUUCAGAUACUAUGCUUCGCCAACUUGCACUGAAAUUCGCCGCGAACAAUGUGAUGGCUAGUUUUGGUCAGCUCAAUCCAGUUCGCGCUUUCAAGACGUGGAAUAACAGUCGUAUCUUAAACCAACAUCUUCGCCUACAAAUCCUUAAGCGCACAGAUACAUUCCGCCAUGCAAAAUCUCGAGACGAACAGUCGGGGUCCAGUUCGUUGCUUGACCAGGCCCUUGAGAGCUACUACUCUGAGCCUGGCCGAAAUCAUUCUGAUCCGCUAGAUCCAGAUUUCAUGACGAUGCUAUGUGCUCAGCUUCGCAUGUUCUUCUUCGCCGGCUACGACUCCACUUCAAGCACAAUGAUCUCCUGCUGCUACAUGAUCUGGAAACACCCUGAAGUGCUAGCUAAGCUGCGUGCCGAGCACGAUGCCGUUUUUGGCAGAAAUAUUGCUGCAUGUCCGGGCAUGAUUGCCGCGAAACCGUCUAUCCUCAAUUCUCUUCCCUACACUCUUGCAGUAAUCAAAGAAGCAUUGCGACUCUUCCCUCCGGCAAAUGGCAUUCGAAAGAGCCACAAGGAUCUCGUGCUAAAGGACCGCGAUGGCAACGAGUAUGCCACCGAGGGAUGUCUUGUGCAGAUGAACCACUAUAGCAUUCAUCGGAAUCCCAAAUACUGGCCGCGCCCGACCGAAUUCCUUCCCGAGCGGUUCCUCGUAGGUCCAGACGACGAGCUCUACCCCGCAAAGGGGGCAUGGCGAACCUUUGAAUUUGGUACUCGUAACUGUAUCGGCCAAGCAUUCGUUUUCAAGGAGCUGAAGGCUUUCCUGGCUAUUAUAUGCAGAGAGUUCGACAUUCAGGAGUGCUACGAUGAAGUAUACGCCGGGGAGAAGAUAGAUUUAACGAACGUCGCCCAUGAGAAAGCCUACAUGGUCGAACGUGGUUCUGCACAUCUACGCGGCGACUUUCCGUGUAAGGUGUCGCUUAGCAACUACGUCCCUAGCGAGGCACAAUGACAAUGGAGUAUUUAGAAGGUUAUCUUCAUAUAUACUUAGGUGGGUGUGAAUAACUCAUUAACAGCAUUUUAUUAGUCUUCAUUAUGACCAGCUCAGUGAAUUUCAACAUUGAUUG